UAGAACCGCCAUUGCUACUGAGUAAACUGACAGCGAUUUGACGAAAUCGUUUCUAUUGUUGAAAUUUCACGAGUUUGGUGUGCCUUCUCGAUAGUGAUACGUUUAGCCUGUGAUUCGUGACCGAGAAUCGAGAUCGGGAACUGGUCGAAGGAGAAACAGGCUUAAACUAGUUCGACCUUAAAAGUCAUUUGGCGUUGACCAUUUAUUCACAUUUUAUAAACGAAAAUCUGUGAUAAUUCGGGAACGUGUACUUCCAACUGAAUUAAAAUGUCGGAUACAAGACGACGACGGAAAUCUAAUCAGUCUUGUGGUUCUGAUGACCUUUCGGAUUCUUGCGAAGAAUUAAACGCAACGAAAGAAACCCAGAGCAGCGAGCAAACUGAUGGUCAUCAGGAUUCAGAAUGUGAUAUUUAUCCUUCUGACUCUGAUGCUGAAUCUCAAGAUGGUGCAUUGCGAGAAAGUGGAGAUGGUCAAGAAGAAGAAAAACCACAAAAAAAGUUAGAUGAUGACGAAGACAGACGUAAUCCACAAUAUAUUCCUAAGAGGGGGACAUUUUAUGAACAUGAUGAUAGAACCAUUGAUGAAGUGACAGAUAAUGCAGCUGAAUCACAAAAUGAGAGGGAAACCAAAGAAAAAAAGGUCUGGAAGGACAAAGAAGAUAGAUGGGAUCAUGAUCGAUAUAAUGAUGAAGAACAGGCACCAAAGAGCCAUGAAGAAUUAAUAGCUGUCUAUGGUUAUGAUAUAAGAAAUGAAGAAGGUCCACCUAGAGCUAGAAGAAGAAGAAGAUAUGGUCGUGGACCUAAUAAGUAUACGCGUAAUUGGGAAGAUGAAGAUGCAUAUGGGAAACCUGGAAGUAAUGUUUCAAGUAGAAAUAAAAGGUUUAAUAAAAGUGGAGAAGAUUUUCCUGCUCUAGGAACGAAUAAAAAUGCUUCUACACAUGUAGAAGAACCAGUAAUUUCAUCAGCUUGGUACAGCAGUAAAAAUAAAUCUCAGAAUAAAAUACAAAACUUUCCACCGCUACAAGCCCAAGGUGAUAGUCACAAAACGAAAUCUAGCAAUACAUCUAAUACUCAUACAAAUGAAAAUAAGGCUCCUAAUGAACCUACAAAUCCAGCCUGGAAAAAGGACACUAAACAUUCGUCCCAUAUUCAGAGUAAUAAUGGAAAUAGUGGAGCUGGCGGUGAUGCAGAUAAAUUGGUUAAUGCAAAAGCAUCUCCAAGAGAUAAUAACAAAAGGAACAUUCAAGAGUCUGUAAGCUUAGCAGCGAGUAGAACGCGUGGACGAGGAUUCAGAACAAAUGCUAAUAACAAUAUGGUCACCAAUAGAACAGUUGAAACCAAACCAAAGGGACGUGGGGCUGGACCGAUUACUACUGAAAAUAAGAGAAAUAAUAUCAUACAGAAUGAUGAUGAACAGCAAAUUACUCAUGAUAUGAAACACAUUAGCGUUAACGAUGGUACUCAGUAUCAUCAAAGUGGAAGACAUAAUAAAAGCUUCUAUGGACAAUCUUCAAAUCAACAGAGAUUGGGAACAGUACCUCCAAGAAUGCAACAACAAUCUCAUUCACAGCAACAGCAACAACAGCAACAAUCGCAACAACAACCUCAAUCAAUUCAACAAGAUGGUUCUGCUAAUAGGCCAAAACGUUAUUCAAGCUUGCGACAACGAUCUACUAUUUCGGAUAAUCCAGGACAACAAAAUUAUCCUGCACAACAUGGACAACAUACUCAACAUAGUCAACACAGUCAACACAAUCAACAUGGUCAACAUAAUCAACAUAAUCAACACAAUCAACAUAAUCAACACAAUCAACACAAUCAACAUGGUCAGCAUAGUCAACAUGGGUAUUUUUCUCCUCAAGGAUAUUCACAAGGACAUUUUGAACAAACUACGUCUGUUGCUGCUGCAACUGCACCUAUGGCUGGUCAACCAGUGAUUCCUAUACCACCUAAUGGUCAACCUGCCAGCUAUGCUCCACCGCCAUUUUUAGUUCCACCGCCACAGUUUAUUUCUCCACAGACUGCACCACCUAGCAUAAUUAAUUAUGUUCCUGGUCCAAAUGGACCAGCGUUUCAACCAAAUUUCCAAGGUUAUCAAGGAUAUACUCCGCCAGUGCAGCCACAGCGUCCUCCACCUCCACAAGAACUGUUUCAGCCACAGGGUUGCACUUACUAUAGUCCAGCACAGCAACAACAGCAACAACAGCAAUCAGCUCCAAUGAGACGACCAAAGGCGGCUAUUCCAAUUCUUCCACCACCUGAGAAUCAACAUCAGACUAGUCGAGGAAGAGGUAGAAGUACACAACCACAACAAACAAAUCAACAUGGUAAUACACAACAGACUGAACAAGAAGUUAAAAAUAAUUUGGUGGAAGGUGAUCAGAAGACUGUACCAGAACAGUUCGAUAAUACGCAAAUCGAACAGGCUCCGGAAAUUCAGCAAGAAGAAAAAACAGACGAUUUGAGUGCAAUAACGAAUCCUGUGGUUGAAAAUACCGAAAAAGAUAUUAAAAAUUCCGAUAUCGAAGUACCAGUGAACUUAGAAGAUACCACUACCAAUCAGUUAGAUGAUAUAAGUGCUAAUGAUUUAUCAAAAGUUACUAUUAAUGAGGAAGAUGCUAUUCCACUUAAAACUACAGAACCAGUCAUUGAAGAGCCUGGAGAAAAUGAUUCAAACAAAAUUGAAAACACAACGACUGAAAAUACAGUUGUUGGAGAAACAACUGCUUGA